AUGAAGAAGCGUAUUGUCAUUUGUUGCGAUGGGACUUGGCAGAAUUCGGACAAUGGCUACGUCAAGCCAUCUGCCUCCAAUCCUGUACCGACUCUCCAAAUCCCGUCGAACGUAACACGCAUAUCCAGAGCUUUCAAAAGGGGCUGUUCUAAUGGCACAUUCCAAAUUGUCUACUAUCAGUCCGGCGUCGGCUCUAGAACAGGUGUCGUCGACAGAAUCGUGGGCGGUGCAUUUGGAAUCGGAAUAGCAGAGAAUAUUCGCGAAGCUUACGCCUAUAUCUGUGCGAAUUAUGUAGAUGGGGAUGAAAUCAUUCUUGUCGGCUUCAGCCGCGGGGGUUUCACUGCGAGGUCCAUCGGCGGAAUGAUAUCUGAUCUAGGUUUGCUCACCCGCGAGGGCAUGGAGUUCUUCUACCCCGUCUUCAAGGACAUGCAGAACUGGAUGAAUCCCGAUUACAAAGAUCCAUUUCCACAGGUACCCUUCCCAAAUAAACCAAAAGGGCCUCUUGCUGCUGACGAGUACCGGGACAUGCUUGUUAAGAAUGGAUAUAGCCGGGUACGCCAAAAUAAAGGCGAAGGAGAUUUGAUUCAGGUCAAAGCCAUUGGUGUAUGGGAUACAGUCGGCUCGUUGGGUGUCCCCCAAGGGAAAACGAGGGAGAUUUUAGCUCGAUUCGGAAUUGAACUGUCUAACAAGAUCGAGCAUGCGUUUCAUGCCCUCGCGCUGGACGAAACCCGCGGUCCGUUCAGCCCGACAUUGUGGGAGCGGCUACCAGAGUAUCGAGACACUUCAGAUCUUCGACAAGUUUGGUUCCCCGGAAGUCAUGGAAAUGUGGGAGGUGGUUGGGCUGAUCAAGGCGUUUCUAAUAUAACCCUUGCUUGGAUGAUGGAUCAACUCUCUUCCGUCGGUUGUGAAUUCGUAGACGACGCCCUUGAGAGACUCCACGCUCGUAAUGUGAAGUAUUACCAUAGUUUGACGCCGGAAAAGACGAGACGCGAGAAGCUCGCUAGCUUUUCUUGUGGAUGCUGCGGGGCCAGUCAACAGAAAGAGCCCCUACCUUGGGCAGCAAUGCCUAUCUUCCAUCCGAAUAAACCUGUCCGCCCGUGGUCCCUGCAUAGGAUCCAAGCGGUGAAGAGCCCAAUUUAUGAUCUCGCUGGACGCGUUACUCGUUCGCCUGGCAUGUACAGGAAGAUGAAUCCCAAAAAUGGACGGCCUACACAUGCCUUUCUUAAGGAUACGAACGAGCGCAUCCACAGUUCGGUGCGCGUCCGCCUUGCGUGCGAGGGUUUGGGACUCAACGACUCGAAUAUUUGGGAAUGUCGAGCCUUGGUGCGAGCGUGGCGUCCUCGUCGCGUGGCUCAAACAUUUCCCGACCCUAUACCGCACGAUGCUAGUUGGGGACCAAAAGCUAAUGGCGAUACUGGAGGGAGGCCAUCUAAUACCGCCAACGGUAACAGUGCUGUUCCUAACAAAGCCAUUUAUGACGCAGAUGAAAGCGAAAGUACUACUACGCAGGGAAGCAGUUCCUCGCGGGAACUACGUUGGGUUUGGGAGUAUAUAGGUCCUGAGGCGGGUGCUCCGCCUGUUCGGACAUUGGUGGAAGAGAACAUAGGCCCGUGGGAGAGACAUUUGCUGGAAUUAUCUGCCGGCAAAGUGCACGUUCGCGAGUACGCGGAUGCUCAGGAUGUCAAUAGGCUCAAAGCUUUCCGCGGUGGAGCUCGUACGAAGAAGUUGAAUUUGAAGAAGACGAAUAAAUCGACUCCAUGA